AUGGAUGAACGAACAUUAAAACCGAUAGCUCUGGGUGUUGUUGUUCGUGUAGAUCCGGAGAUGAAUUAUGGUAUUAUUCAUGCGAGUGGUUAUGGACGUGUACUUAUUUCGCGUAAUUUCGACAAAGAUUUAGUGCAAUUAAGUAAUUGGCUUUCAGUUGAAAUUGAGCCAAACACAGGACCUGUUUUGACAUUUGAACGUACCUGCUGUAGUUUUGUUGAUUCUGGGAAACCGAAGCUUAUCGAUGAAUUAUUGCCUACGGGCACUUCAGUUUCCAAAACAGGUGCGGUGAAUUUACGGAUUCAAACACCAGUAUUCUUGGGGAAUAUCACGUUCGGAAGCAGCGUUGGACUGAGUCCACAUUUGGGUCGCAUAUAUUUGAACGAAACACGUGGAAAGUUGAAGGCAAGUCCACUUACUUGGAUACAUUGUGGUGUUAUAUCAGUUACACCGUGCGAAGCUAACUUCAAUUCGUUCUGGGAAGCUCGAAGUGCUGGACAUGAAGAUUACGAUGAUCCAAAGCUUAGCCAAUGCAUUAGACGAUGUCUAGGUCGAUUUUAUGCUUUCAAGGAAAAGAACGUUUGCAUUGUACAGUUGUUUGAUAGGUACGAGAAAGAUAAAGGCUUUGCAUAUAUUCAUUCAUUUGAUUUUGCUCAUACUGUUCAAGAAAAAGACUUGAAAAAAGCUUCUGCUAUUCAGGUUUACGUUGCUCCACGACUCUUAUAUUUUCCUGAACAGCCUGUUCCUGCAUGUUAUGCACGUAUAGUUGAUGAGGGAUUGCAAGAUAUACAGGUAGCAGAGAAACUUACUGUGCUCAAUAUUUCUACCACGGACAACAGCAAUGAUACUACUGGUAGCGAUACACCAGCGGCUCUUAUAGAUGCAGUAAAGAAAAACGAUUCAAUUUGUGAUAAGGAUUGUGAAACGAUCGAUUUUAUCAGCAGAUUGUUGGCAUAUCAGUUAGUGGCUAAAAAUAUCAAGAUGAUCGAUCCAGUUCUUUUUAAUGAUUUAUCUGCUUUUGUUGCAAAAUAUACUUGA